AUGCCAGAGUCAGAGAAGAGCAGCGGAUACGGCAGAGUGUGCGUGUUUCUCACAAGAAGCUUCGGCAUCUUCGCAUCUCUCGUUGUGUUGGUGUGUGGGUUCAUCUCCCUCAUCCCCAUCCCGUCCUACCUAGUCGGCAGCAUAUGGAGAUGCUUCGUUGUAGGAGUUCUUAUGAUAGUGACGUCAGUCGUCAUGUUCUUCCUGGAGGGGAGUGUGAUGGGCCACUGCGUCGACAGACUCUCAUUUCUACUCAUUGUCAACAAAUAUAUCCGCGACUGGAUGAGGGCUGUCCUAUACCUGGGGUUGGCUUGUAUUCCAAUAGCUCUGUUUUGUCUCUCUGCCUCCACCAUUAUUGGUCUCGGUCUCACCUUCAUCGUUGGAGCACUCAAUUUUGUUCUUGCUAUUGGACAGAAGGGAGAGCAUUCAGAGAACUAUGACAGAAUGAGGUGGUCAGAUCUGACGGGAGACGGGCAGGCGUCUUCGGGAGGAGAGGAGAGCGAGAGCGAGGAGAAGACAAGACUGCAGUCUGCAUGA